AUGCCCGGUGUUUCCGUUAGAGACGUUCCUGCUCAAGACUUCAUCAACGCCUACGCUCUUUUCUUGCAAAGACAAGGUAAGCUCGAAGUGCCCGGCUACGUUGACCUCGUCAAGACCUCGGCCGGUAACGAAUUGCCCCCUCAAGAAUCGGAAUUGUGGUUCUACAAGAGAGCUGCCUCGAUCGCCAGACACAUCUACUUGAGAAAGCAAGUUGGUGUUGGUGCCCUCAACAAGUUGUACGGUGGUGCCGUCAACAGAGGUUUCCGCCCCCACCGUCACGCCGACGCCUCGGGCUCGAUCAACAGAAAGGCCAUGCAAUCGUUGCAAAAGAUCGGUGUCUUGGAAUUGUCGCCCAAGGGUGGCAGAAGAAUCUCGGAAAACGGUCAAAGAGACUUGGACAGAAUUGCUGCCCAAACCCUCGAAGACGACGAGUAA